AUGAGUGCUCUGCCAAACGAAACCGAUUCUGCUGUCGAUCCAGGGGUUCUGUUGGCAACAACCUCUGACCCUCCCUUUAACCUGACUCCAGCUCACCGGGCAGAAAUUGUAUCGGAGCAGCCUGUGGCUCCUCUGUGUAGCAUCUGCUGUUGCGGCUUUGUCAAUCGUACCUUUGCAGUGGUGUUCAUGGUCAGCCUGGUUUUCGCGAUUGUGGUUGGGAAUGUCAUCACUCUGAUUGUAUUCGUGCAGACGAGACAGUCCAGGACACCACAAGGCUACCUGAAAGUGUCUCUGGCCAUUGCUGACAUGAUGGUGGGCGUACUUGUGGUCCCUUUCUCAGUUUACACUGAAGUCUCCUUGAUGGUAACUUACUUGCCUCCCAUUUGGUAUCAGGGCAGCUCCGCAUCUCUAAGCGGACAGAGGAACCGCUGGCAGCCCUGCAUGCUGAUUGGACCAGUGUUUGCCGGUUGUACCUUCGUGUCCAUCAGCACCAUCUUCCUCAUGACCGUGGAGCGAAGCGUGGCCAUCCUGUGGCCGCUCCACAAGGACGCUUUGGUGACGCGCAGGAGAACUCUGCUCCUCAUCCUGCUCUCGUGGGCCGCCAGUUUUCUCCUGGCGCUCGCACCCCUUGUAUUCAGCAGCAACUUCACUCUAGAGUACAACGAGUGUAGCCGCAUGUGCAACUACUCCCCAGUUUUGCUGGGUAACCGACUUCCACGUGACGCCAACAUCCUGCUGUUAUUCCCGGUGUUUGAUUUUACUCUUCUUGGGGGAACAUUAGCCAUUAAUAUUAUGUCUUUCACGAGCAUCAGGCAGUACUCGAGAAGACGCAAACUCCUCUCAGCAGGAAAUUUGACUGAUGGAGAAGGAGGAACUGGUGCAGGAGUGGGGUCGUGCCCUCACAGACCCUCAUUUUCAGACAUUAAGGCUGCAAAGACGAUAAGCAUAUUAACGUUUGCUUUCACCGCAUCUUUUUCACCCAUUGCAGUAUUUGUGUUGGGAAAUGUAGUGGGAUACACCUGGUGCAACUUCUCCUUUGUUGCCUUUUGGAUUCUAACGGCAAACAGCUGCUGCAAUGUGAUCAUCUACAGUGUCAGGGACCACCGUUUUCGGAAGGGGGUGGCCCUGCUCUUUCAGCGGGAUCACUGCCCCCCGCAGGAGGAGAAAACCUGA